UCGGGCUUACAAAUGUCUUUAGGUGUUAGUAUCAACUCUGACAUCUUGAAUAAAGUGUAAUUUGAUGGGAAGCUCAAUAAAUAUAAAUAAAUAAAAUAAGAUAUCAAGGAAAUAGAUGUGAAUUCAGUUUUAAAGAACAUAAAUUAUUUCUAGAAAUUUUCUAAAACCCAAGAUGCCUUGCUCAGCAGUUACGCUUUCUAUUGCAACAAUAUCUGCCAUUAUUGCAACUGCUUUAUUAGCAAUAGCGUUUUCUACAGAUAACUGGUUGUAUUAUGACGUCAAACGGAGUAAUAUUCAGAUGUUUGCUUCAAAACACUCUGAUGCGGAUGACUUAUUUAACAGCAUGAAUAAUAAAUAUUUUUACUAUACUCGAACAAGGGGAUUAUUCAGAAUAUGCUACCCAAAAGAAAGACCACCCCCAAAUUCAGUGCCAACAUAUUUAUCACCAAUAGAAACUCAUUGCUCGAAUGUAGACUAUUUUCCUCAGUGGGAUGAAGAAAAAGUUUCAAACGAAGACGCGAGUUCCAGACUCCACCUGGCUCGAUCGUGUAUUGCUUUGUUUGCUAUUAGCUUCAUCACAAUUUUCUGUGCAUUUUGGACUGGACUUUCUGGAUGUUGGAAACGGUCGUCUGGUGCUAUAACAGCUACAUCAAUUCUUUUAUUAGCAAGUUGUCUACUAUCAGCUGGUGCCAUGGGCUUGUGGCAUACUGUUGAAUUUUUUGAAAAAGAAAAGGUCGUUGGAGAAGACUAUUAUCAACAAUGGAAUACGGUGCUCAGAGAUAACACAAAAAUAUCAUACGAUUGGUCGUAUAUUAUUGCAUGGGCCGGAAUCGGUGCAUGCUUGCUAGCUGCAGUAUUGUUGUCAGCGGCUGCCAUCUGCUUAAGAAACGAACGCGAAAAAGAGGAACAGCUGAAUUUACAAUAUUUAAUGCCAGUUUAUUCACAGAAGCAACCGCCUUAUCCGCCGUAUGCUAGUUACCCACAGCCGCAAAUAUAUCCAGGGCCAUAUUACCACGGGUCUCAGUAUGGACCAUAUAACUACUAAUUUUCAAAACUAUAGAUUAAGAAAAUUUUAUCACAUUAGCAAAAAAUAAUAUGAAAAUACCAUUAUGUAUAUUAUUAAUAUGCUUACUUAUUUUUAUCAAUAUAUUAUGCAGUCAUCAGGAAUGUUUCAACGUAAAGUUAAAUUAAGGAUAAGGGUAUAUUAACGAUAUUUACAAACAUAUUCAAACGCAAAUAAUUUUCAGCACCUGUUGUAUUUUCUUAAAGGUACAUUUACACGAGGCGAUUUUCUAAGCGAAUCUACAUCACUUUCAACAAAAUCGCCUGCAAGGAGAAUCCAUUCAAGAUGUUAUCAGCAGAAAAGCUGAUUUAAUUUUUUUGUUUGCUUUAGCUUUGAAAUUCACAAAAUGAGCUCUUUAUUAACAUAUUGUUUGUUUACAUUUACAUUUGAAAAUUCGGCACAGUGUUGUGAAAAUUUCUUUCAAUAGAAAGAAGAAAAGAUGUCGUUUAAAUAUUUGCAAGUGUGUUUUGGAACAGAAAUGAAUAAUUUAUCCUAUUCCCGAAUGAUUCCGUUGGCCCAUGACGUGUUAAAUUAUAACGGAAGAAGCGGUUGCAAACAAUUUUGUGGAUAGUCUUUCAUCCAAUCAUACAAUUACUCGUAUGACUUGGAAUGCAUCUCCGUACCUCAUAGAAUUUUCCAGUAAUUUUGGAACUAAUCGAGGUAUGUUCCGUUGAUUGUGGCAUAUCUUCAGUUAUUUUACCUUUGCAGUCACUUGCAUUUAUAAAAACAACAAUGCGUUAGAGCAGUUAAAACAAUGCCUGAAAAUAAAUUAUUUCUGUCAAAGCGAACUCAUUCAUCUUAGAAAUAAUCAGUUUGGUUUGACAACCUGAAGGCCAAAAGCAAAAAAAAAAUACAUUAUAUAUUUUGACCAAUACAUGUAUAUUUUUAUUUUUGUGCCAAUUGUCAUCUUGAAUACAUUCACCUUUGUCAAUUUUGUUUUAAUUUUCCAGAAAGUGAUAAAAUCGCUUGCCCCUUGACGAUUUUUUGUCUAUUCAACUUUGUUUACUCUCGUUGUGAGCUUGAAAAUUCAAACAAACAAAUUAUCAGAAGUACCUAUCAAAUCACUCUGACGAACAUAUUUUCGGACCCAUUGCCCUGUCUUAUUUGCUGGCGUAGUUUUACAAAUCUUUUCUCUGUUCAUAUUUAAUGUUUUUCUAACUUUUGUCGCCUGUUUAAAUGCGCGUGUGUGAGCAAUUUUUCUAGCAACUUUUCAGACGGUGUUGAUCGCUUACAAAGUAGCCUCAUGCAAAUGCAUCUUAAAUGAAUGAAAUUAAAUUUCAAACGAAUUCCGCCCUCUUUCAAAGGCGAAUCUGUACAAAGUGGUGUUGUUUCAUCAGCUUAUUGGUGCUAGAUUGUCAAAAUGAGAGUAUUUGUACCAUCUUUCCCUUUUCUUCCUGCAGCCGAAAUUUGAUCAUCAAAUGUAUGUAUUUAUAAAAAAUCAAUAUGACCGUGUAUAGAUUCA